AUGGCGUUUCGUGGGGAGGCUUGUCACGGUGGAAAAAAGUCGAAGGACCGACUUACAGUGCUAGUUGCUGCUAACAUGGAUGGAAGCCAAAAACUCCCGCUCUACGUUAUAGGAAAGUCCAAGAAUCCCAGAUGCUUUAAGCAGACCAAAGUUCUCCAAUGUGAUUACGAUGGCCAGCCAAGCGCCUGGAUCACAGGAGAUCUAUUCAGUGCAUGGGUGAAAAAGUGGGACAGGAAGUUCCAAGCAGAGAAAAGGAAGGUGGCACUGAUCGUGGACAACUGUAGAGCUCAUCCGGAUGUUCCUGGUCUCAAGGCCAUUAAGAUCUUUUACCUCCCACCUAACACAACGAGUAAGCUCCAACCAAUGGACCAGGGGAUAAUCCAAGUGCUUAAGGUGUACUACAGGAAAAUGUUGAUGCGCCAAUACCUGCUCCAUGAUGAAAAGAAGGCACAGUACACCCCUUCCCUUCUAGAUGCAAUGAACUUCCUGAGAUCAGCCUGGAAUGACGUGAAGAAGGAAACAAUCUCAAACUGCUGGAUGCACUGCGUCAUUCAGGAUAUUUCCAAUGAUGAGUUUCAGGCACAGUGCCGUGCAGCCGCAGAAGAACUCGCGGAAGUGGCGGGAAAAUCAAGCCUUACAGAUGCUAUCUUGGAAGAGGAGGCACAGGAGUUAGCCAUCACUGUCCAGGAAUUCCAAGAUUACAUAGAAAUCGACAAAGACGUCGUUACUGAUGGCGUGAUCACCGAUGAAGACAUUGUAUCAAGUGUGCAGUCAGCACAGGCAAGCAUAUCUGCAUGCGGCAAUGACAAAGAAGAUGAAGAAGAUGCGGACGAAGAUUUGGAACCAAUUCCCUCAGCUGGUGAGGUGGUAGAAAUGCUACAGAAAAUUCGACGGUAUGGUUCUUUUGUAGGAGAUGAAACUGUUUUAGACAGCAUAAAUAAUAUUGAAGCAUUUGUUUUCAAGCAGACUGUUAAAGGCAAAAAGCAACAAAGUAUUUUAGACUUUGUAAAGAAACCAUAG